AAUAAAAAAAGUCUGAAAGAAAAACCUAACGUCGAGUUCGUAAGUUAGGUCUGAAACACUGAAAACAUUCGAGAGAAGCAUAAUGACUCAAGUGAAUUGAACAGCUAUCGACAAACUUACAAAGAACUAAGUGAUGGAGGAUUUAGAAACGCUACCAAAACGAAGGAAGCUGAGUGAUCCUGGAGAUGCACCUUAUGGUCCAAGUGGAAAAGGUGCUGCUCCGCUGGUGGAUGAGGCCAAUGUUGAGGACGCAAUUACCUGCCAAAAGCCGCAUAACGACGAUAAAAUCACACGGAACUUUAAGCGUGUUCACCCUGAAUUCUUCAAAUGCAAUGGAAAUAUCAUCGAACGCACAAGAACAGCGGACAGAAAGGAGAGUGAUAGCACAAACGCACUGCAACAGGAAAAUGCCCUGACUUUGUCAAAGAUGGAACCAAUGGAGAAUGCGCGAGCUCCCAAGAGGAGACUGAAAAUAGUGCAUGCGCACAACACGCAAGAAAGAAGCAAUGGAAACUCGUCAGACGACCCGAUAGUCACAGAACAGUAUUCCCCCGAGGGUGUGUUUCCAAGUCCUCUCACGGAAGAGAACGUGCGCAAUGUUAUCAAGAAACUGAUUAAAGAUCACACGAGGGAGGCAGCUGACAACGCUGAUAUUUUACGGGAUAAAAUAUCCGCACUAGAAAUUGAAAACAAGCGACUUAAGCAUAGGGUCGUGGUCUUGUUCAGAGCGCUCAAAGAAGUACUUUCCCGUCGGAGGAAUCAAGAGGUAAUUCCGACCACUGUCCAGACAAGUUCGAUACAGAUGAAACCUUGCGUUCUAGCAAACAAUCUUGGAUCUCCACAAACAUUACCCGGAGAGGUAAUGCUUGCAUCUCCCACUAAUAAUUGCGGUAAAACGGAUGUAUCUAAAUCCCGUGAGUUGCCUACCGAUGUUUCAAUCUACAAUUCUCUGGCCCCUGUUACUGAUGGAGUCGGUUCAUUCCAUCAGAGGUGUAAGUCACCUAAAACUGUUGUUAGUGGACUUCAUCCAGGGAUAUCCCAUGAUGCCACAUCCCCUCCAAUCCCAAAAAGAACACCAAAUAUCCACACCACCUCCUUGAAUGGUUCAGCUUUGAAUUUCCCGAUGAAAUCCAUCUGCGAAGAGAAGGCGUCUUCUUUUACUCAUCCACCAACGUUCUCAACAACAUUUUGCACAAAUCAAGUUCAACAUUCACAUGAAAGUAUGGCCCUAGCCAAUCAAGGGUACUGUACAGUUACAACUUCUUCAACCAAAGCCGUUAUGGUAUCUAAAGCUAUUCAGAAUACCGUGCCCCUUCUCACUCAAGUCGUAAAUGAAAUUGUGCCAAACACUGUGACAGAGAUGCAAGACCAGUCUCACGUGACAACUGAACCUAAACUUUCCAAAGUUCCCAACGACUUCAAGGAGUCUCGGCUUUGCAGUAAUGCUGAAAUAGACCAAGUUCCCGCUAAAGUUUCUACCCAGAAUGGAAGUACAUUAGUAUGUUCUCCUCUUGACCAGAACAUAAAAUCGCACACUUGUAACGAAAGUUCCCCCAAGAGGCACAGGGAGAAGUUAGUCGACCAGCAGUUCGAAGAUCUGAAGAGCUCGGAGGCAGAGAGCAAACAGGGGUAUGAAAGGAAAAAUGUCUUGGAAACCAAAACCAACGGAUUAAAGAAGAUAUCGAGUCCUUCCAAUGGGUCGCCUAAAAUCAAAUUCUUUCCUCAAAGCCUUCCCCGUGUUUCUCAUGAAUGCUGGAAGGGUGGUCUGCAUACUGAGUCUCCAAGAACUGCCUCCAUCACUUCACAGCAAGUUCCUUUGUCAAACUCUGAGUGCUCUUUUGUAUUGGACAUUCCCAUCCCUGGUUAUGGUGAAAGAAAAAGUACGCCAUUAAAAGACGCUGGGCUAGGAAAUGCAAAUUCUUCUCCAAAACUUGGUUUAGUAAAAUCCACUUCAGUCUUCACCCCAACACCUCAAAGGAUAAUACCUAACGGCAGUAUUGAGGUUAACAGACCAGAUCCGAGUCCGUACUUCGUUAAUGACGACAAAGUAAACAAGGAUAAGAAAGCAAUGCAUCAAACUCCUUAUAUGGUGGAAAAGUCAAGCUUGAACCUCCAAUUACCUUCAAAAAGUUUGGCUGCUGUAUCUAAACACUAUUGCUACAGUCUUAAUCAUGGACAAGAGUUCUUUAACGGAACAGUAAGAACUGAUGGUACAAAAACUGUUUCAAGUCCUUUGACUGAGAAACCAAAGUCAUCAGCCCACGAGGAAGAGAGAUCGAACACGGGCAUUAUUUUGCCAAAUUUCAAAAAAAGAAUAAGUACCCAUUCCCCAAGCGACCAACACACGUUUCCCCAUCUGGAGAGAAGUGCCAUUUCUCAAGUGACCGAAAGUUUCUCUAAUAAAAAUUUAGCUGAAUUCACGUCGGGUAGUACAAGGAAAGUCCGAGAGGCGCCUUCUUCCGCUAAACCAGGCAAUUUUCACAACUUGCUUUCAUCUGCCAAAUUUUACAAUGGGCGUGAGUGCAACCAGCACACAAGGCCAUCCGAAGGCUCCACUACCAGCGGUUAUCAUGUUCCUGUCAAACCGAAGUUCUCUCCUUAUGCAACGAAAAGUACAAAACCAGAGAAACAGGUUCCUUUGAUGGGGUCUAAUGGGAGAUUCGCCCCACCAGUGACCGAAUUGCAGGCACCAGAUCCACACGUUGUGGCUCACAUACCACAGUUUCUGAAUGCUGAGGCAAAGUUCGCCAGGAAUCAGUAUUUCAUGUUACCGAUGAGGCAUCAAAUCGAGACUGCAAAACGCAGUAGUAGAGAGUUGGACACAGAAUUAGCAAGAAUCUCUUGUUUGCCUGAGAAUUCAUCCGGCAGAGACACAUUUACCGCUAACUGCCUCUGUUGUACUAAGACGCACCUGAGUUAUGACAAAGAGCGACUUCUGUUGCAACUUCUUGAAUCCAAUCGAGCAUCGUUCAUUCCACAGCGUACACCAAGGACCUAUAAUAACUUUCCAGCUACAGACAAGCAAAACUUACUUAGCACUCGAUCAGGGAAUCCGGUUACACUGUCAAGUCAUAACUCUGAAAUAGGAAAUCGUUACGUUAAUCUCCAGCCUCAAAACCAUGCUAAAAAUAGAUUGAAAAAGCCUGCAAGACCGUCGUUAUUCGAUAUCAGUAACGGAAAAGCAGACAGUGUAGUCUUACCUGGUAACCCUCCUUCAGACGUAGAAGGCUGCAAAGCGAGAUCAUGGGGAGCAACGUGUUCCUUUACACCUCAGUUGGAACUAUCCAGUUCGUGCCAACGAUACCUCGAUCGGCUCAAAAAUUCUACUGGACUUCCAACAUUAUGUCAGCAAAAUACUUUCCACUUAGAUUCUACACCUACACCACAUUUAGAAAGAGAAGCAAUCAGUAUGAAUGAGAGUUUGCGUGCUUUCCCAUUUUCCCCUCCGGGUAGUUUAAUAACGCAAAAAAACAGUCAACAAAAUGAGACUUGCAGUGAGCAGCAAGUGAAUCUUAAAUCACCAAACGCAGAGAACAGUUAAGAGAACGACAUAAACUUCAGAAACCUCUCCGCUUCCGUUAUCACCAAAAAAAAAUUCAUCAGUCCACACCAGCGGCAAAUACGAGUCUAGGAAAAACAGUAAUUCCCUCACAUUCUAUUAAAAACUCAUCAAUAAAUGAAGAACAUUCUCAAGAGCUCAAAACAAGACAAAAUGUCAAAGCAAAGUUGAUUGUAGAGAGCCGACACUGAGAUAAAGAUGUAAGCGGUGAGUUACAGACGCAGGUAUCACGCCUUUUUAAAAUUAGCGUGCAAAAAACUGUUUUGUCGUACACGGAAAGAUUUAAGGCGGCCGCCCUCCGCACUUACCGGUUUCUCAAUGAGUUUGAGAACGUAGCGGUCUUUUUUGUUCUCGGCUUAGCACACUAUUCACAGCAUAAAGGCGAUUUUGGGCCCCGAAAACACGGUCGAGGGAGUAUUUUGUUUUCCAAUUUAUUUCUACGUGUAACUGUUAGGGGCAGUGAGAUUAUUGAAAACCGCACAAAAAUAAUGGUGAGAAUAAUAAACUUUGCGUAAAUUUUUAGCA